CUGGUUUCUGCCAGGUUCGGUCACCGGAAACUUGUCAAUAAAGCCAGUACAGAAGGCUUUCGAUCGCUGGGAGUCGCGAAGCCGAAACGGCACGAGACGAUGGAGAACACGUGGAAAAUGAUUACGGAGAAGAAGGCAAUGCCGUUGUCUAGGCACCUGAAGAAAUCAGAGACGUUCAAGGAAACAUGGGAGAAUCAAGUCAACGUGGAUCCGCUGGCUGAGCCGUCGCCGGUGGUGAAGAAAUCGGAAACGUUCAAGGACCGGACCAAUUUCCAGCUGUCACCGGCGCAAGUAAGCUCCUCCCCGGCUUCAGUACUGAAACUGAGAAAGGAACCGUCACUGAGUAAGGACGAGUUGAAUCGGCGAGUUGAGGCAUUUAUAAAGAAGUUUAACGAGGAGAUGAGGUUGCAGAGGCAGGAAUCGCUUAAUCAGUACAAGGAAAUGAUUGAUCGUGGAAGCCACUAAAUUAGCAAAGGGGAAAUUAUUACUAAUUUUUACUAGUAUCAUAUAGAGCAGUAAAAAGUGUGUUUUUAGGGGGAAAAAAAAAAAGAAGACAUAUUAUUAUUCAUUACAAAAAAGAAGGGACCGGUGGGAAAGAACAGGAAAUAUGUAAAUUAAUUUUUCUAAUGUUGUUUUUCCGAUGGGUUCAACGAUUGAGUUACUGAACAAAAAAAUGAUGUCUUACAAACUUUUUCCAUUUUUAACUGAGGGUAGAUUUCAUUAGCAGAUGGGGUUUGAAAUUAGUAAAAUGAUAGAAAUGUUUGUAAAGGAAGAUGACAAGUAGAUGUUCUUUUGUUUCAUAUAUCUGAAUGAAAUGAUCUUUCUUAU